CCAAAAUGAGUAACUUAAUAUUUUUUGUGACUGUAACUUCUCUCUUCGCGGUGUUCAUGGUUCAAGCCGCCUUGCCUCCCUCGGAAUUCGGACCUCAAAUUCAAGCGUUGCAGGGAAAUUUGCAUUCGCUUUGUAUUUCUCAAUCAGGUACAGACGAAGCUUCCAUCGCCAACGUAAUAAAUGGGGUAUUUAUUGAUGAACCCAAAAUUAAGUUUUAUAUGAAAUGUCUCUUUACGGAAGCUAAAGUGAUCAAUGAGCAUGGCGACUUCAAUGGAGAACGCAUAACUCAGCUACUGCCAGACAAAAUUAAGAAAGAAAGUUUAGUAGUUAUAAAUGGAUGCAUUGCUAAAAUAAAUGAUAUUGCAAACCUAGAGGACAAAACAUUUUCUUUCUUUAAAUGUUACCACAACGAAAAUCCUAACCUAUUCAUUUUUUUCUAAGCAUGAAAACAUGAUGAUGUCGAAACAAAAUAUGGCAUAAACUGUUGAGUUUAAAAAUUUUAAAAGUACACUACCUAAUAUAU